UGCAGAGUUUACACUAACUGUGCCGUUUUGGAAACAAACAAAUAUGUUUUUGAAAAGACCGUCCAAUCAAUUUAAUGACUUAUGGAUAUUAUAAUUAUGUGCAUAUGCAUGCCAUUGCAUAUGAUAUACUACAUGUACUGGAGUAUGUUACAGUUUGCACCAUACUCCUGUUGCAUGUUAACAUAUCAAAGAUACAUCAGACUACAUAUCAACAACAGUAUUAGAGUAAUUCACAAGAGGGGGUUAUAGAUACGCUGCGAUGCGUUUUCCAUAUAAGACGACAUGAGCCCACAUACUCCUGUCAUUUAACAGCAGUCCGAUCUCCCUAAUACACGUACAGUGAGCAGCAGAGAUGUCGGGGACAACUCGCAGACAGAGGGUAGCGGUUAUCGGGGCCGGACCGGCGGGGCUGUGCUGUCUCAAGCAUUUGGCUGCGAAACCCGAGCUCUUUGAACCUGUUGCCUUUGAGCGUAACUUCUGGCCGGGCGGGAUUUGGAACUACACUGACCAGACCCGGAAAGACGCAUUCGGACUUCCGGUACACUCUGCACUGUAUAAUAAGCUGAAGAUAAAUGUUCCUAAAGAACUACAGGAAUUUCCAAGUUUCCCCUACCCAAAGGAAUGGAAGACGUCCUACAUCACGCGGCAGCAGUGCUGGGAAUACCUCAACAUGUUCACAGACCAUUUCGACAUCAGGAAGUAUAUCCGGUUUCAUUCAUUUGUUCGAAACGUGAAGCCAUUGAAGGAGAUGAACGAAAACGGCAAACCAAAAUGGCUGGUGACCUUUUCACCCGUGACCCGAAUGUCAGAGGUCAACACAGAAGUGUUCGACGCCGUACUUGUGAGCAACGGCCACGACUUCAACGACUACACGCCCAACAUUCCCGGCCUGGAGCUGUUUGAGGGACGAGCUAUCCAUAGCAAGGAGUUCCGGUACGAGGAACACUUUGACGGACUUCGUGUGGCGAUCCUCGGCUGCCACUAUUCCGGAGAAGACAUCUCUAUGCAUGUCGCUAAGUUUGCUAAGAAGGUAUACGCCUGUCAUCGAAGAAAUCCAAAGGAAUUUCCACCGUCUUUCCCGAAGGAAAUCGAACAACGACCACCGUUCGUCCGCAUGACCAGAGAUUCAGUGGUUUUCCCGGACGGAGGUUCCGAGAAGGUGGACGCCGUUAUAUUCUGCACCGGAUAUCGCUUCUCUUAUCCAUUUUUAAAGGAUGACGUCAUCACAAUCAAGGAUGAGAGGAUAGAGCCCAUUUACAAACACAUGGUGCACAUUGAGUACAACAACCUGAUAUUUGUGGGAAUUCCCCGACAAUGGUCGUACUUUCCCCACUAUCACGAAAUGGCAAAACUUGCCGCGUUAAUUUUGGCGGGAGACGUCAAACUGCCGUCCAAAGAGAACAUGCUGGCGGACAGCGAGGCCGAUUUCCAGUCGCGUUUGAAAGAAGGAAAGCCGCCUUCGUUUGCCCAUUACAUGGGGGACAUCGACCGUCAGUUCCGGUAUAACGAGGACCUGGCAAAGAUGGGCGGGUUUGACCCACUUCCGCCUGUCCUGGAAAUGAUGUGGGAUGACGUCAUGGAUGAGCGGUACAUGAACCUCCCGAACUGUAACACGUUUGACUAUGAGAUCACAGGACCACAAUCCUACCGCUGUCUGAAUCCCGAGGGAAUCAAAACCAGGUUCUGUAAGGCUGAAAAUGUGAAGAGGUAAAAAGGAAUGAUCCAUGUGGAAUUUCGAUUGAUCUGUACUUGUUUUACAAAGGUCUGAGCAAAAACUGUAUGUAACAGUUUAUUGUAAAAUUUGUGAAAACCACACAUUUAAUCAUCUGAAAUCAUCCUGCUGUAGUAUAGGUAACCAGGGAAUGAUAUAAUAGCCAUGCAUUAUGAUAAUAUGUAAUCGGACAACUUACUUGUAUAUACAAAAGUAUACAUGUAUAUGUAAAUGUAAUUUCUUUCUUUCUGUAUGUAAAACAAGUAAUUAUGUAUAAAAAUCAAUAUAACUCAUCUGUUAUUAAUAACACAUUUCCUAUUUUCAUGUUUAUUGAGUUAUUAGGUUGAAUGUUGAUAGUACCAAAAUGUUAAAAAUGAUGCAGUUUGCUAUAACAAAUA